GCGAAGUGGAGGUAGCUUGCUGCAGCCCAGGGCAAAAUGCACGCUGUUUGGCUCGUUGUGAGUCUCCUGUUAUGUCAACCGUACGGUGGUGGUGGGGUUGGUUUUGAUGACUUGGAGAACAUGUUAGAGCGCAAGUUCUACAAACCGGAUUCACGGUGGCAUGCAUUCGGCUUCAGAUGGUUUGACCGAAUGGAAAACCCAGCAUAUCGUUCAUACAAAUAUGGAUUCCCACCAGGAAUAUACGGCAGUUCAAUCAUUCCUAUUACAAUGUGGUUCCAUCUGUGGUGUUUCGGGUCUGUGGAAGAUAUGUAUCUACAAUCUCACAAUGUCCGUCUAGUUACUCUGGACUAUAACGCGAUGAUUCAGAGUUGCAACGAACCUGAACUGCCACGCUGUUCCUGGCAUCUUUUCGUUGCGCUCUAUCAGCCAAAUGGCUAUAGAGAGGAGUUGCUGGAUAUUCUUAUCAAAGAUCACAGACAAUAUGUCGAGAAGGACUGUUAUCCAGUACCGAUUACACAAGGUUCCUGUUAUCCGUUCACUUCGAUCGAUCAGAUGAGCCUGAUCUACAUUUAUCACGUGUGUCACAUGUUCAAACCAGAGAAUGCGGAGGGUUUACAUUUAGAGAUUCUCUGUCCAAAUCCAUGUGGUCGGCGUCCGUGUAGAUCAAUCGACGCAGCCAUUCCUGGGUCCUGUGAAAGCUAUGGAUUUCAUAUGAACGAUUUCACCUGCAAAUGUGAGCAGGGAUACGAGUGGGAAAACAGCACGAUGUUGUGCUCAAUCGAUGACAAUUGUGGAAAAAUAUGUCACGAAAAUAACACGAUGGGCUGCAUUGUGAAUCGUACAUCGGCCACUGCAAUAUGCCGCUGCAAAGACGGGUUUAUGGGCUUCGACUGUAGCCAGAAGUACGAUGCCUGCGUGCUGGGUAAAGCCCCCGAUGCCAGAGGCCUGAACGUUGGUCCCGUGGUUCCAUCUGGUUACGAAGCUUGUGGGGCUACAUUAGACGCAAGGAAUCUGUGUUUUUCAAUCCCCAACACUACAACCUACACGUGCGUAUGCAGUCCGGCCUAUGUACGAGAUGUUGCACUACCCUACGAUAACUGUCUGAAGCCACUGGAUAGUUGUGAUAAGCGAAUUUGUGUACAUGGACAGUGCGUCACAUCACCCGACCUCCUGAAAAGCGCAUGCGACUGCGAUGAAGGAUAUACGGGCAGUCUGUGUGAUCAAACCACCGGAACUUGGUCACACUGGUCGGAAUGGAGCAAUUGUGAGCCCGUCUGUGGACCAGUACGACAUCGCCGGCGGUUGCGAAUGUGUAUGUCGGAAAAUGAGGGAGACUGUAUCGGACCUGUAGAAGAGGUUCGACAAUGUGUGGAGAAUAGUGGAUGCUUUCAAGAUGUCCCUGUGGAGGAAGAGACAUGGCUGGACUUUGUAGACUGGACAAACUAUGUCAUGAUGAUCACUCUGGGAUACAUCGGUUCUUGGGCAAUUUUACUGAGUCUUAUUGGACUCUGUCGACGCGUCCGCCCGAAGCAACAACAAAAGGAUAAGGGUGAAAAGGUACAGCCUGGUGGUACUGCCUCGGCUGGGUUUCUCCAAUGACCUCGUGAAGUCGACUAAAACUCUGGUUGCUUUGUUAUCAGGAC